GCUCGUACCGUGUCCUGGGCUAGCUCGAAGCAUCCACUCUCCAGUUCUGCGACCAGCCUAGUCGAACGCCGUCUGGCGGGAGAUAGCGGGAUGGAGACGGGGAGGACGAGGAGACCGUUUCAAUUUAAAGGCGCCCCCGAAUCUCCCAUCUCUAGUCGACAUUGUUCCUUCGAAUCUAUCAGUUACUAAGUCCCGCUCCGGCAUCUGCCACCUCUCUCUCUGCCUAACACCGUUCAUUCCACCGAAAGGGUAACCCCUCUACCAUCGUCCGAUAUGUCCAAGCUACCUCCCGUCGAGAAGCUCCCCCUCGCCUUGCGCAAGAACAUUCGCGAUGAUUGGGAUAGCAAGAAGCCGGAAUUCGAGCAGAAGCUCUCCAAGGUUCUCACCGUUCCCUGGACCAUCGAUGUGAAUCCCAACCAGCUAUACCCCUACGCCGACAGCUCCUACGCAAAGGACCGGCUGGGCAGUUGCAUCGCCGACUACAUCGACUCGGCGAUACGACGGCUGGAAGACUUCGCGAGCGGCGCCGGCGAGGCCGGCCUGCAGGACCUGAACGAGAUCUGCUCGGCACACGUGCUGACGAUGGACUUGGACGACCAGAAGCGCGUCCGGUACUGCGGCGUCAACGUCGACGACGGGGGCCGGCUGCGCAUCCUCUUCGCGCCGGGGUACCUCGGGACGAACAUCGGCGACGCCGUCGAAAAGUCGGGGCUCCUACAGGCGCUCAACGCGGCGCCGCGGCCGUCCGGCUCGGCGCUGAGCUUCGUGGCGCGCUGGUCCGUCCGCAAGGACUAUGAGCCCGACGCCGAGGAGAUCCGCGGCCGCAUCGCCGCCACUCUGGGCCUGCCCGACGUCCGGCUCAACCCCAACUUCGAGGCCGUCUUCGCCGCGCUCAAGGCCGAAGCCGACAAGGGCGACCGGUCCGAGCUGCGCAGCGACUGGGAGAGCUGUCUCGGCUCCUUCGUCAAGCUUUACUUCGACACCCUCGCCACCCGCCUCAAGGACCAGAAAUUCGACCAGGACGACCUGCUGCGCGAGGGCUUCCAAGAGGCCGUCGACAAGAGCGAGAUCGCCUUCCGCAUCGUCGAUAAGCUCAAGUAUAAGUCGUAUUGCGAGGUCGAUAUCGAAGAUGGAGUUCUGUACUUGCAGUGCACCGCCAAGCGUUGGGGGACGAAUAUUGGCGAUGUUGCGGAAGGCCUUAUUGAUAGGCUAUGAGCGAUUCGCUGCUGUAGUUUGCCAGGUGAUGUGGGCAGCGUCAUGACAGAGACAUUAUCAAUCAGACGAGCGUUCCAAUACAAAGGGCUGGUUGGAGCGAAUCGAAUCCGGUCUCGCGCUGUGUCUUGCACAAACCGAUGUGCUGUCGUCCGAAGCGAUGCUGAUGUUGAGGAUCGACGGCUGU